AUGUCCAGCGUGAGUUUUAUUUUCAUUUUUUUCUCGGCUAUUGAUUUUACAGCUGAAAAUUUUAAUUUUUGCAGGAUGCCGGUGGAUCUGGGGACUCAAAGUCCACAAGAGACAGAAUUGCCAGCUUAGCGAGGAAAACACAAAAGGAAAAGCUGGAAGAUUACAAGGAAAAACAUGCAAAAUUCAAUCCGGUGAGUUCUUUUCGAAAAUUUCAAACUUUCAACUGAAGAAUUGUUUUUCAGUCAAAACGCGCAAUGCAACGUGAUGCGGAAGUCGAAGACGAACUUUUCGUCUCGGAUGAGCCUUCCAACAAGCGAUUUUUGCUGGACGAAAGCCCGUCGGCGCCCAAACCUCUGUCUAUUGCCGAGAGAUUGAUGCAGAAAAUGGGUCACAAGGCGGGAGCCGGUCUCGGAAAGCACGCGCAAGGAAUCGCCGAGCCCGUGGGCCUUUCCACGCAACGAGGACGUACCGGACUCGGAAGUGAGGCCGGAAAAGCGCUGACGAGAGAUUUCAACGAGGCCUGGAACGAAGAACUCGAGAAUAAGACGGUCGAGGAGACGGUCAAGUGGCUCACCGACAUUUCCGAUGAACAACGGAAGGAAAUUGUCGAAAAACUCGCCGACGACGAGUGGAUCGUUGUGAGACGCAAAAAAUUGGUCAUCGACGACGAAAUCAAUUUCUGUGAGGCGCAAGUGUUAAAGGAUAUGAUUGAGGCGAAGAACGUGUUCGACGCGAUGUCCGAUCGAGAUCUCCGCGAAGCGAGAGCCCGUGCGAACCCCUACGAAACCAUCGGCUCCGCAUUUUUUCAAAAUCGCGCCGCUAUGAAGACUGCCAACAUGGACAAAAUCUACGAUUGGAUUCUGUCGCGCGAGAACACGGAAAACAACAAGUUUCUCGAGAAGAAUCCACUCGAUUCCACGUCCACCGGCAAAAAUAUCGAUCGGAACGAGGAGCUGUUCUACUUUGCAGACGUUUGCGCCGGUCCGGGCGGCUUCUCCGAGUACAUGCUCUGGAGAAAGGGCUUCUAUAACGCCAAGGGAUUCGGAUUCACGUUGGCCGGAAAGGACGACUUCAAACUUCAGAAAUUCUCCGCUUCGUCCGCCUACUUCUUCGAGACUUUCUACGGAACAAAGGACAACGGCGACGUCAUGGACCCCGAGAACAUUGAUUCGCUCGAGGAUUUCAUUAUGCGCGGCACCGACGGAAGAGGAGUUCAUUUGAUGAUGGCCGAUGGUGGAUUCAGUGUGGAAGGACAGGAAAACAUACAGGAAAUUCUGUCGAAGCGGCUUUAUCUCUGCCAACUCCUCGUUUCGCUGUGCAUCGUCCGUGAAGGCGGCAACUUUUUCUGCAAACUCUUCGACAUCUUCACUCCGUUCUCCGUGGAUUUGAUCUACCUGAUGAGAGUGUGUUACGACAGUGUUUCGCUUCACAAACCACACACUAGCCGUCCGGCGAACUCGGAGAGGUACAUUACGUGCAAAGGACUGCGCAGGGAGUAUUCGGAUGUUGUUAAAGAGUAUUUGAAGAGGUAAACAUUUAAUUCUCGGAAAUCUUCUCCCAGUUGCUCGUGUAAGAUCCGAUCAUACCCGAGUAACUGGGGGAGACUUUCUAAAGUUGCUAACUAACUCGCUGCCCAAUUUUCCAGAGUGAACCUCAAGAUGGAUGUGCUCAAAAACGCGGAUGCCGGCAAGGAUGUGGAGGAGAUAAUGCCUCUUGAUAUCAUCAAAUCCGACAGCACGUUCAUGGACGAACUCAUCGAGCACAACCAUCAUUUGGCCAUUCGUCAGACGCUUUACCUCAGAAAGUACCAGAGUUUCGCGAAAAAUCAGGGACAGUUCGACAAAGAUCAAGGAAAUCUGAAGGAAGAGUGCCUCAAGUACUGGUCCGUGCCAAACCGAGGACGCCCACGCGGUGGGGACCGCGGAAAUCGCUACGACAAUAUGGAGAGACUGAAUCCGACACAAGUGUUCGGAAAGUACUCUCCGAAGAUUUGCGGACUUUCCGAUUUUGGAAAUGUCGGCCCCGAGUUCCAAUUGGACUUUUUGAAGUCGUCCAUCCCAUCGAACAUCACGUACGACGAGUACAGAUUUGUGGCGCUCGGCGGUAAGCAUCCGAACAUUCUGAUCGCCGCCGGCGACACCACCUUCAUCUUCAAAAACGACAAUUUCGAGGCGCAGACCAAGAACCACGUGCGCAUUCCCGAAAACACUGUCAUUCUCGUCGACAUGGCUGAAGAGGUCGAGAAGACGGAUAGUAACAAGAUCAAAAUAAGUGCGGCCCCGCCGGUCAUUCGAAUUCUCGACGCUGCCGUGCUCGCGGGCGACGAUGUGUCAAAGUUGCCGUACGAGGAGCGGCUGAGGGCCGCGAGGAAGUUCGCAACCGCUUUGAGACUGGUACGGGACUGAAGAUCUGAGAAAUCUUUCCCCAAUUGUUCCUGCCAGAUCAGUUCAAAGCCUGAUUUUACAGGAUCAUCUGGGAAGAGAUUUCUAAGCUCACUCAACAAAUUUUUUUCUCCUGCAAAGUGAGCUAUUCUCUUGUUUCCAGACGAAUCGAAAAGUGAAGGAGGGAUGGGGUCGUAAGGAAAGCUACAUAACUCCCAAUCUGACGGUGGCCGCGCAAAUCCACUCUCUCGGUGAAAUUGAGAAUUUCCGUUCGAAUCUCGAGAUUCUUCCCUUCGAUCGAGAAAUUACCGCCCUUUUCAAAGAGGGCGACUUUACUUUCAAAUGCCACGGACUCCGAUUUGCACGGGUGCUCAAGGGUGAGUCGAAAGCAGUGAUUCGAAUGAUAUCUAGACCCGAAGAAUGUACUAUUUAACGCCAAAACAUUUUUCCGACCUGGCCCCCCCUGUGGAAAAAGAUUUUAAAAAAUUAAAAAAAUGUUCCGGUAUCCUAGUGGGUUCAAAUGAGUGGAAACUGAUUCAAAACACCUAUGAUUUUUAGCUCUAAACCAAUCCGAUUUGCCCAAAAACUCAAAAUGCCUCGUAUUUUGCAGCCGAAUGGCAAUUGGGCUGGUCGAAAAGUCAGCAGCGCCAGUACGCGCACUCUCCGCAUCACAAGUGCGGCUCACUGUUCGAAGAGCAAUGGGAGGGCAAGAAUGUGUACGCCUCGUUCUGGGAUACGGUAAUUUUGACGAGCAAGGAGAAGAACGCGCAGCUCGAGUUCAUGCGGAACGGCGGAAAGCAAGUGUUGUCGAGUGUGUGGAGCUGGAAGCCUUGCAGUGAGUUUUUGCAGAAAAUUCUCAUAGUUUCACCUAAUUUUUCAAUUUCAGUUCGUACGCCGUACGGUCCCGACAAAAUUCUGAAUCAUCCGGAGGCGUUCGACGGAAGACCGACGCUGGCCGCACUCAAACAACAGAUCGUGACGAACGACGAGACCGCCCGUCGUGUCAGGACCUAA